AUGAACUAUUUUGAUUUUAAAUUAGAUGUUGAUGACAUAAAUCAAUCAAAAAUCUUAUUAGAAACAAUUUAAAAACUAAAAAUUGAUAUUAAUAAGGAGCUAGAUGAAUUUUUGAGAUUAAUCAAUAUAAAGAUUCAAGAGUGUUAUAAAAUAAAAGAUAUUUACAAUUUAUAGGACUAUGAAUAUUUGUAUCAUAAUAAUAAUUAAAUAUCAUUUGAGCAUCAAUUUAAUAAUUUUUUAAAACAUUCAUAAAAUAUUCUUAAUACAAAAUAGAAUAAGCUGUACUAUAUUAACAAUGAUCAUUUCAAAAUAUUAUAAUUCAAACCUUUAAUAAAUAAAUUUAAGGAGAUUUAAUUAUUUAUACAUGGAAAUAUUGAAAUAGCUAAGAGAAUGCUUAAAUCAAAUAAAAAACAAAAUGCUUAAGAAUUGGUAAACAAUUAAAAUCAAGAAAAAAUUAUUUGGAAACAUUAGACUUUGUUAAAAAAUGGUCAAAAAUUUAAAACUUAUACAUUUAAAAAGAACACUGGAUUUGCUGAAACUUUUUUAUGUAAAUCCGGUUUUGAUUUAAAGGGAAUAAUUAUGGCAUAAUUAUUUUCAGGAAUUGAUGCAGAUGGAAAAUUGUUAGAUUGUUAAACGAAUAAACAUAAUUUAUAAUUUUCUAUUCAUGAAGGUCUUGACCUAUCAACAUAUUAUCACUAAGAGGAAAUUGAAUUAGAUCAUAAAAAAUUAAAUAAAAUUGAUUAGGGUUAUGAAAUUCUAUUUAAUUAAAUUAUUUUUCUUAAGAAAGGAAUGACUUAUACAAUAAAUGUGUAACCGCUUACAAAUGAGGGUUUAUCAACAUAUUUGUAUGCUGGAAAAUAAGGAGAAAAUUAAUAAUACUUAAAAUUUUUAGAUAAGCAAAUGGAUCUUAUAAAUUAAGAAGUGGUUUCUUAAUAAAUAUUUACCUAAUCUCCAAUACCUGGAUUAAUCAUUAAAAUUUGA